AGCGUUCAGCAUCAUCGAUCUUUCACGUUACCUCUGGCCUGGAUUUAAAAUUUUUACCGGUAUUUUCGAGUGCACGGCGGCACGGAUUCAUUCGUUCGUGCACUCAGACUGGUUCCUUCUUUUUGCUAAAACUAGUUUAUUGCGCUUCGAUGUCUCGCGUUACUUAACCUGGGGUGAAGUGACGUGUUUGCAAGCGGACAUGUAAUCCCGAAAGUUGGGUAUCGGUCGUGAGCCAUUCGGAGCACGUGUGUAUCGAAACGGGAUCUGGAUUCUGGUGCGGCUGACAAUGGCAAUAACGACAUGCAGCAAUGAGGUCGGCACGAGUAUAAAGCAACACACUCCAUGCACUAAACAGAAGCUGCUGCCUGCUACAACAAGGUCAUUGUGUGGACGUUGGCUACUACUACAAGAGUCUAUGCCAAGCAUAUCUUGGUCAUCACAGGAGCUCCUAUCCACACGAACAGAAAGGGGCUGGAGCCGAAUUUGCAAGGCUUUUACACCACAAACAAAGAAGAGCAUGCAGAAGAAUUUGCAUGAGAUAUCAAGUCUGCAGAUCACUGUGUCAAUACUGAAAAGAGCUUCAGCUACCAUUCCACCAGCAUGGACAAAUUGGCUGAGUCAUCCAGAUAUGACAAGCCUGUGAGGAAAGUCAAUUCAAGAUGUUUGAAGGUGUUGUUGCACAUCUUCUAAACAAGUAUCUUGGGAAAUACAUCAAAGAUCUCGACAGUGAGAACCUCAAUGUAGGGAUAUUUAAUGGUACUGUGCAGCUCACAGAUCUGAAGUUGAAGGCAGAGGCUUUGUAUGAAUUAGAGCUGCCCAUAGAAGUCAAAGCUGGCUGCAUUGGCAAGGUGUCUGUGGACAUCCCCUGGCUGAGCCUGUCCUCGGAGCCCGUGCUUGUCCACGUAGAGGAUGUGUUUAUCUUGGCCGCACCCAUUGGUGAUGAGCCAUAUGAUGCAGACAGGGAGCGCCUGCUAGCCCGGGCGCGCAAGUCUCGUAGGCUGGAGGUCUUGGAGGUCCCCCUGGCUGAGCUUGAUAAACCACGAGGGUUCGUUGAAAAUUUCCUUGGGACCAUCAUGAACAAUCUGCAGGUGUCAGUGCAGAAUGUGCACAUUCGCUAUGAAGACACGUUGAGCAGUGCCAAGCACCCGUUUGCAUGUGGUGCUGUGCUCCAGUCCCUGACUGCCAUCACCACCAGCAGCAAGUGGAAGCCAGUUCAACUGGAUUCUUCAUCCAAGACAAUCUACAAGCUAGUCAAGUUGGAGUCGUCCUCUGUCUACUGGAGCUAUUGCUGCCCAAGUGAUGGCUUUAUUCGACGUCAGCUGCCAUCGGCCAGCUGGAAGAACCUGAUGAAAAAGGCACUGGAAACAUUCAGCAUUGGCAAUGAGGAAUUUGACUUUGUUCUGAAGCCAAUAUCGGCAAAGGUCAAGGUAAUCUUCAACAAGUCACUUGAAUCCAAGGUCCCAAAGCUUCUUGUGGAUGUUCUGCUGCAAGAUGUGGCACUGCAGUUAUCGCGACAGCAGGAAUGGCCGUACGGGGUGGCAUCGUGCCACCUUUGAGCCCGCUGCACGUGUUCCAAGCCCACCAGACGGGGAGCCCUUCAGAGAACAUCGGAUGACAGGCAGCCACGUGGCGCGCUGUCAGCUCAGGAAUGUGGUACUUGGCAGCGCCACCGGGGACGGAGCACAGUUCCACGAAGCCCUCUGACGUCGGCGCCGGACAGCGGAAUGUGUGUUCCUAUGUGUACGUAAACUGUUCUGCGGAACGGCGCCCCUCGGACGUCGGCGCCGGACAUUGGAAUGUGUGUGCCUUUGUGUGUGU